AUGAAGACCCCGACUGUCGGGCACGCCCUCGCCAUGGGCCUUGCCGUCAGCUUCGCCGCGGCCAACCCCCUUUCUUUCCCUCUUCCUGCCGACAACGCCACUUGCACCACCACGAGCUGGGUUGAUCUGGCACCUCCCGCGGCCGUCACUUCGCCCACUGCCGUGACGGUGACCAAGUACUCGACCGUCGUGUACCAGCACACGGCCGUCGACUGCGGCGGCUGCGGCCACCUCCAGGUCGCCACCCGCGUCCAGGACUCCCUGCCCCUUGAGACGGUCACCUCUGCAGGCGCGGCGACCAUCACCCGCGGGUACUGCGCCGGCCAAGGCUUCUUCUUCCCCAUGGAGACGGGUGCUCUCAUGAGGCGCCACUUUGAAAUGGUUGAUCCGCUCGAGUACGAUGCCAACGACGGCGACUCUGGCGUGCUCAUCCAGGGCGAUGACGACGACGAGGACUGCGUUGCUCGCGUCAUGGAGGGCCCUCCCUACAUUGACAUGGGCGACACCAGCGUCGCCUUCGCCACCACCGUCACUCUCACCAGGACGGUCAAUUGCGGCAGCUGCACCAAGGCGUCCCCUAUUCCCAUCCACGUCAGCCCGCCGCAUCUGGGGACGUACAAGGCAACCAUGACAAUCGACGCGCCCUACAAAACGACGCAGCUCGUCUGCGGCAAGACGCUCCCCACGGACGCCGCCGAGGCCAACGAGAAGAAGAAGGGCAAGUCCAAGUCCAAGAAGCACAGCAAGACCAAGCCGCCCAAGAAGACCAAGCCCACGCCCAAGGUGACCGAGACCUGGCCGCCGCCGCUCGAGGUCCACACGGUCUACGGCAAGGGCAGGACGACGGCCGAGUGCUUCUACAACUAUGCCCUCUACCCCGAUCGCCUUGACCACACUCGCAAGAUCUGGACGUCGACCUUCACGUCGGUGGCGCACAAGAAGUGCGAUCACUGCGGCUUGAUUUGGUUCACGGCCCCUUAUGAUCCGCCUGUCCCUGAGUCUGUCUUUACGACCACCGUCUUCAAGAAGGGACGCAAGACGGCGACGGCAAUGGCUUGCUCUGAUUAG